CGCAGCGCUCUCAUCUUCUCAAUCAACCCAAGUCCAUCAUCCUCGUACUCGUUGCGCCGCCAUGUCGCAGUACAAGUACGACGAAGAAGGAGGGCAAUUCCUCACGUUUGUCCUCACCUUCCUACUCUUGGUUCUCGUACCAUUGACAUGGACUCUGCUCACGGGAGCGUCAACCACCGCCUCGUCGAUCUCGCAAUCGUGGUUUGACAAGCGCGGUCAAAAGGUGUCAACCAUCAAGUCCAUCAAUCGGCGGUCAUUAACCAAUCCAAGGAUCUCAAAGACCCUCGUGGCUGUCGUCGCAGGAUGGGCGCUGGCAGCCUACCUCUUCCAACGAGUCGCCAAUGCUGCAGCCAAUUCGUCCCAUGCGGUGUACGAUCCCUUCCACAUCCUCGGUCUCGCUACCAGCGCAACCGAAAAGGAGAUCAAGAAGCACUACAAGCGACUGUCUAUCAAGUUCCACCCUGACAAGAUUCGUCUCAGCGCCAACCAAACCAAGGAGUCAGUCGAAUCGCACUACAUCGAGCUCACAAAAGCCUACAAAGCCUUGACGGACGACACAAUUCGCAAAAACUUUGAGCUGUAUGGCCACCCCGAUGGACGCCAGGAAAUGAGCAUGGGGAUCGCGCUCCCUACCUGGGUCGUCGAGUCGCAGAACAACAUCUGGGUACUGGGAGCCUACGGCGUCGUCUUUGGUGUCCUCAUGCCCUACCUCGUAGCUCGUUGGUGGUACGGCUCUCGCGCCAAGACCAAGGACGGCGUGUACACCUCGACUGCUCAGACUUUCUUCCAGCACCUUCGCGAGGACACCGACGGCCCGCGCAUCAUCUCUAUUCUCGCCAUCUGCGAAGAGUUUCAGGACCGCAAUCUCGACCGUCGAGGCAAGGAUGCCAACGAGGCGGCCCUCAAGGAACUCGAGACGCAAGUUCGCGCCAAACUCAAGCCCUUCGGACCCAACUGGCAGCUCAGCGAGCGCCAUCGCUCCCCUUCAAUCCGCAAAGCCCUCAUCCUCCUCUACGCCUACCUCUUCCGCAUCGAGUCCAAGAACGCUUCGCUAAAUCAACAGCGCUACCUCGCCGGCUCUACCGCCGAGCGCCUCUUGGACGGAAUGCUGCAGAUCAGCCUGGCGCAUAACUGGCUCAACACGACCGAGGCGAUCAUGCAUGCCAUUCAGUGCUUUGUGCAGGCCGUGCCCAUCUGCGAGGACAGGCGGGUAGCAGAGCUCCUCCAGCUUGGCGGUAUGCAAGCUGCGAAUGCCAGGCAGAUUGUAGCCAAGGGCGGCGAGGCAGGCAGAGCGGGAGUGCAAGGCUUCUUUGCUUUGGACGAACCCACCCGCAAGUCAUGCGCUGGUGUCAAGCAGGAACAGAUGGACCACAUGAUGAAGGUAGCCGGAGAUUGGCCCCGCCUGGAGUUGGUGGACGCGUUCUUCAAGGUCGAAGGGGAGAGGCUUGUCACCUCGUCUGCGAUCGUGCAAUUCGUGGUCAAGGUGCGCACCCUCCCGCCAAAGAAGGACGAUGUUUUGCUCGUCGACGGCAGGCGCGCUGGACCGCACACAGACGGGUCAAUGGACAUUCGCUCGGGUGUAGAGGACGUCGACGACUCGAGCUCCAAGCAGGGCAAGUCUUCCUCCGAUUCCUCUGCCGACUCAGGCAAGCAAACACUGGGCGUCGCCCGCGCGCCCCACUUCCUCUCAGAACGCAAACCGCAUUGGUGGCUCCUUCUUGGUGACUCCAAGCAGAACCGCGUCAUCGUCCAGCCAAUAAAAUUCAGCGACGUCGGCCCGGACAAGCUGCGCACGUACACGGUGCAAUUUCAAGCUCCACCUAACGCAGGGCUUUACACCUUUGUGGCGCAGAUUCGCAGCGAUUCCUACCUCGGGUCUGACGCAAGUCGCUAUGUGCAGCUGAAGGUUGAAGAGCCUUCCGUUUUGGAGGAAGAAGAGGGUGGGGAGAUUGAGGACGACAUCAGCGAGCCUGAUGAGGAUACUCUGGCGGGCCAGAUGGCGAUGAUGCGCGGUGGCAAGGUGAAGCCUAGCCCGGUACAUGGCGACGACGACGACGACAGCGAGGGUGAGGAAGGGGACGAGGAGGACAGUGAGCCAAGUGAUAGUGAUACAGAUGAGGAGUAA